GUACUGUCGGAGGGGGAUAUUUAACUUGGGAUUGAGCACCGCUCGCAACAGGCACACUCACACACAGUGUGCCUAAGCAAAGAGACGCUCAGCGCCAAGUCUCAGACCUCCUAAAGUAGGAGCGAGGUAGUAAGGAGAACUGUACCAGCUUUCAAAGGAGUAAAGAUUCUCCCCCAGGAAUUACCGCAAACACUGACCGUGCAAAAGAAGGCAGAACUCGGAUUGAUUCAACCAUGCAACGUCGGUGGCUCUUUUUGAUAUCCGUAGAGAAAUCACCAAUGUCAUCGAGGUGAAAAGAAACAUCAAAUUGUAGUGAACUUAAACUGGCUCGUCACCAUUUGCGUUUGAUAUGCAUUUUAUUCGAGUCAGUUUAUAUUAAGAUGUGACUUUUUUUGUGACUUUUUGUAUGCAAGAAAAACUGCGUCCCGGAGGAGUAUAAUUUUGUUUUUUAGAGGUAUAUCUGCAUUUUGGUUUGGAUAGACCUUUUCAACAGGACCGAGAAAUGGUUCAGCUUGCAUAGGUGUGGGAGACUACAGUGGUGCGUUUUGCCAAAGAGAAGACAUCUGAAUACGCAUGGACAAUUUCAGUGAGGUCCUAAGACUCCAAGCAGAAGGUUGGAAUAUCGCACUGAAGUCACAGGACACCUCUCACUCCAUGGAUUCUGCGCUCGCGUUUGGACUUUCUCAAAGUUUUCGCAAAGUUGAAAGAAGCCACGUUUAUAAAAGUCAUGCGUAAAAAUAUCACUGGCCAAGACAACCGUCAUUGCCGGAACAGUGAAAUGUAAAACUUGGUGAAGUAGCCUACUCUUUUGUGCACCCCUCUCUCUCGGGGCGCUCUGGAUCUAUUUUGUCUCUGAGAAAGCGGAUCUUUAUAAAAAACUUCAUUCCAUGUGACUCUCGCCUCAGCCACUGUCAUCCAGUCUAGACAAUUUGCCGUUGCUUUGAGUGGCCCUGGCGUAACCAUGACAACCACCAUAAACCCAAAGUGAAUGUUUAGUUUUUCCAUUUUGUUUUGUGCUGUUUUGGUUGAGCCUACAUUUUUACUUAUUUAUUUUUUUUACAAAGAAGAGACACCCUUUGCGUUCGACAAGAUUGCAUCAGCAAGCAAACGUAAGAGGCAUAUUGCUAAGGAUCCCUAAAAAAGAAACUCCACUCAAUGUCAUUCAAAGCCGACGUGGUCUAUUAAAAGUAUCAUCUUGCUCGUUCCUCUACUUCAACUAUUUGUGAAGCCCCCGGGCUACUAAUUUCAAAGAGCAUAGUAGCUGUGAAAAUCAAUAAAUAUUUAGGCUAAUACACCAGAAGAGCCUUUAGGCAAUCAAUAUAAAUAUGGCCUUCGCAAAGACGCUACUAGUUUAUGUACUGGUAUCCAUUCACCUUGGAGAUUCGCAACAUUACCUACGCCUGCGCCCCUCGCCCAGCGAGCAUCUUCCCGUGCCGGUCCUCAAGGAGGACCCCGACCCGGAAUACGACCCCCGGGAACAGGACUUGGCCGAGAGGACUCUGCGGAAAAAGCUUGGCAGCAACUUUGAUCCCAACUUUAUGUCCAUCAGCUCGCCCAUGCUGGUGAAUCUCUCCGUACAAGACACCCAGCUGAAACUGCAAGGACCCAUGCCAAACGAGAUUAAAAAACUGGAUAUCUCAGAGUCCCCCUACGGUAAGCGGGUAAAAUUGGGCAAGAAAGCCCGCAGGAAAUUUCUGCAGUGGUUGUGGACGUAUACGCACUGUCCGGUGGUGUAUACCUGGAAGGAUUUGGGCUUGAGGUUCUGGCCACGCUACAUCAAGGAAGGAAAUUGCUUCAAUGAGCGAUCUUGUUCCUUCCCCGAGGGGAUGUUUUGCAAACCUGUCAAGUCAAUCACCAAGACUUUUCUCCGGUGGUAUUGUCAAGGGUUUUUAAGACAGAAAUAUUGUACGUGGAUACCGGUGCAAUACCCAAUCAUCUCAGAGUGUAAGUGCUCUUGCUGAGUUUCAAUGGAAUUAGAAGGGUUGGGAAGUGGAUUGGAAAUAUACGGUUUCUAUUGCACUGUAAACUCUGAACAGAGGUGGGCACCAUAGCGAAUCUAUUUUUUUAUAUAGCAUUUUAAUGAAAAUGCCAACAUUGUACAUAUUUAAGAAAGAUGCAGCUAUUUUUUUGAAUGAACAGGACCAUAUUUUAUUUCAUCCCUGAGACGUGUUCCUCAGAAAGAAGAGCUUUUAUUUUUUAUGAAAAAUGUAAGAUGGAAAGCAUACACAACUUCUCCAAGAAGUUCACUUUUUUUCAACUGAACAUUGAUGCUGACUGUUAUUUCACUGCAAUGCUGCCUAGAGUUUUUGUAUGAUAUUAAUAUCAAUAAUAAUUAAAUUGAAAGUUGAGGAUAAAGAUAUAUAUGUGUAUAUAUAUAUAUAUAUAUAUAAAGGCGUGAACUCAGCUUUUGGAAUAUUGUAGAAAAAAAACAAAUCUGUACGGUUUAUUUAUUAUUUUAACGAUUGUGAGUAUAGAACAUAAGCAAAGAAAAUAGCAGAGUAUACCAGAAAUUAUGGGAGAUGUCUACUUGAAUAUUUCAUUUUUUUUUUUAAAUAAAAAGUUAACAUAUCAGUGUACAUGUUAUGGUUACACGUUUUAGCAAUAAAGUCAAUAUUUUCAACAUG